GAGACAUACAAGAUGUUGGGCAAAAGCUAUCUGGCGUUGGCCGUUGCUAUUAUCCCUACUGUGGGUCGAAGUCCAUUCACAGCAACACUAUGUAUGCUAACAUGAUAAUGAAGAUUGGAGCCACCGUAAUUAACCGAUCACGAUCUCCUGCCAAAAGUCGUUACGUCGAGGGACCGUUUUCAGAGGUCGUAAAAGAUCUCAAGAUAGACGCUACAGGAGCACUUAGCGUCGGACCGGACGGUGUCUUGCGUAGUUUCGCGGGCAACCUCGAAGUCAUUGAUUACCGUCAGCUGGAUUCCGAGCAGGUUCGAGGGUUCGGCAAGCAACAGCUCAGUGCCUGGUCGAACGAUGUAGAGAUACCAGACUCAGUAUCUGCCUUGGUACAAGGUACCAUUGACGGACGACUUGUUACAGACGAAACACUUCUUUUACACCCCAGCGAGAAGCCGCAAAUUAGAAAGAAGUCUUCUUCCACUCAGAGUGAGAAGCGAAGUGCAGAUGACCUUUUCAUCAGGCAAUCAACCCUCUGUGCUGGUACAACUUGCGGGAGUCUUAACGAUUGUAUCCCGAGGGGUUGCAAUGCCUGCUACUUUCCCAACGGCCCGCCUGACGGUCGUUGCCUGGACCCCAACCCCAAUCUUCCACCUCGGUAGAUUCGUAGAAUGCUCAAGAGUAUGUUGGAGUAGAAAUCAAAGAAUGAAAGUUGACCUUUAAUUCACGCUAAGCAAUCAUUACUAUCGCAAUGCAUGUAUGUACAUUCGCUAGGUAGUCAAC